CCCCCACGUCCGGUUUUGGCCCUUUCUCUUCUAAAGAAGAUUUCCCUGAUGGCGUGAGUGCUUGCGCUGUCAUGGGGUAUGGUGCGUAUCCUCGCCGAGCUGGGCGGCGUCCUAGCGCAGUCCGCAGUGCAGAUAGCUCGGAACCGCGCACUUCCUCGGCAUUCCACGACCGCGGUGCCACAUGGGUCUUCGGAAGUGGGUGUUGGCGGCGCUCCCGAGAGGCCCCACGCCCCCGGAAGUGCUUGCUCCUCGCGCUUCCGGCAGGCUCCGCGGCUCCGGAAGUACAUGCUCUUGUGUUCCGGGUGGGUAGUGCAGCCAUGGACCCACCCCGCAGCCCCAUCCCGGCCGUCGGAUCGCUUUCCCCCGCCGAGUCUCCCCCGGCCUCAGUGACCCUGGCGCAGCUUCUACAGCUGAUGCAGAGUGGCCAGGAACUCCCGGGUCUAGAGAAGCGCCACAUCACGGCAACCAACGGCGACCCCACGGCAUCCCGGCUCCCGCGGAGGCCAAAGCCCUGGGAGGCCACCGCCCCGCCGCCAUCGGGCUCCUGAGACCUGGUCCCGGGGGGGCCCAGAUCCUGAGCGACAGUGCCCCGCACGGACUUGGGACUCUGCUAACCGGCCACACUAUCUUUUAUGGGUUUGUCCUGGCCAGACGCAACCGGACUGGAAUCUCCCCGGGGCGGCCCGCUGCUCGGACUCUGGACUAGAUAAGAUUCUCAGUUAAAAAUAAAACCCUGCUCCAACGGUAUCAGCUACCGGAAAGAGCUUCCAGCUUCA